AUGGAAACUAAGAGUAAUGUUGAAUCACCUAAUAUAAUGGAACCAAAAGAAUCUAAAUUAACAUAUGAACAAAUUGAAAAAGAUAGAGUUCAGUUAGUUUCAAAAAUAGAAGAAUUAUAUCAAGAUGUAGUUGAACACAAAUUAGUGCUUGAAGCGUUGGAAAAUGUACCAUCAGAUAGAAGGUGCUACAGAAUGGUUGGAGAAGUUUUAGUUGAAAGAACAGUCGGGGAAAUUAAGCCAGCUUUGUUGGACCAUAAAAAUAAGGUUGAACAGGUUAUAGCUGAAUGUCAAAAACAAUUAGACCAAAAGAAUAAUGAAAUAUCAAAUUUUAUAAAAAGUGCUAAGGCGGGAAAUCUUCCAGGCGGUAUCAUAAACGGAAAUCCGUCUGAAGAUACCAAUAAUUUAAAUGAUAAAGAAAAAAAAUCAGACGGUAUUAUAUUUUAA